UACAGUGAGACCUGCCUUCAGUUCUCCCAGAUCUAUCCUGUGGUAUGUGUCCCCUCCAGCUUCUUCAUCGGGGACAAUGGAAUCCCACUGGAGGUCAUCGCUGGUAGUAUCUCCGCAGAAGAGCUCAUAGGAAAGAUCACCAAAGUUAAACAGAUGCACACAGGAGAUGACAGGUUAUCGACUAGUCAGGACCUAUCCUCCAGCCCGCCGGUGCCCUGCUCUGCUGAAUCCUGCCCUGUACCACAGUGCCCUUCAGAGGACGUACUGCCCCCAUCAGUGGAGACCCCCAGCGAUUCUUCAGUUUCUACCCCAGUGCAAGAUGAAAAUCCACCCACAGAGCAAACAAAGGAACUUCAAGAAGAUGGGAAUGGUGAGAUGCCAGACCCCCAGCCUGGAGAGGAAAUGACAGAAAAAAUGCAGAGGGUAAUGCAGAAGUUGGAAAUCAAGCAGGAGGAGAAAAAGAAAGAUGAACAGGAGAAGGAAAUUAAGCGAGAAAUUGAGAGAAGGAAGAUGGGCAAGGAGAUGCUGGAUUAUAAGAGGAAGCAGGAGGAUGACCAGGCGCGGCGGGCGCUGGAGGAGAGGAAUAAGGAGAAGGCAGAGGAGAAAGCUGCCAGGGAACGUAUUCGACAACAGAUCGCCCAGGAUCGUGCUGACCGUGCAGCUCGCUAUGCAAAGAAUAAGGAAGAACAAGAUGCAAUCAGAGCAGCAGAAUUACAAGCCAGGCAGGCAGAGAUGGAAGCCAGAAGGGAUGCAGCACAGAAAGAGAAGAGGACCAUUGCCAGGAUACAGUUCCGACUUCCUGACGGUUCUUCAUUCACAAACCAGUUCCCAUCAGAAGCCCCACUAGAAGAAGCACGGCAGUUUGCUGCACAGACCGUUGGGAGCACCUAUGGUAAUUUCUCCCUCGCCACCAUGUUUCCCCGGAGGGAAUUUACCAAAGAAGACUAUGGGAAAUCUCUGCUUUCUUUGGAACUGGCACCCAGCGCCUCUAUAGUGCUCUUACCAGCUGGCAGACCAGCUCGGGCUGUAGUACAGUCAUCAGAUGGUGGUAUAUGGGGGCUUCUGGGUACACUGUUUUACCCUCUUCUGGCAGUAUGGCGGUUUAUCAGCAAUUUCCUGUUCAGCAGCCCACCUCCCGCACAUCACUCAGACAGGGCAACCUACCCCCCGCAGGAGAACACAAAUCCUACAUCAUCCAACAAUUCAGAGCCAAAGAGGGAACCAGUUCGAAGGAGAGUACUUGACAAACGGUCAGACGAGUUCAAAAAAGAAGGCAAAAUUUACAGGUUAAGAACGCAAGACGAUGAAGAUGAAAACAACACGUGGAAUGGAAAUUCUACCCAACAGAUGUAA